GUAUCUCUGUCAAUCGCCUAGCUGCUCUUCCCAUUUAUGAACCUUGCUGCAGGGUACCAACGUCGGGCGCUGCUCCGAGUGCGCUCCGAGUGCGCUCCGAGCUGAUGGCGGCGAUCUAUGACAAGACGCUGCGGUGGAGGGACAGCAGGUUGCAGCUCUGUUACCAAGUUGGGGAACGGUGCCAAAUGAGCUGCAGAUACGGGUAAGAUUAUGAACAUGAUGUGGACAGAAGCGGAGCAGAUGUCCACCAUGACUUCGCGACUGUACAUCCUCUAUGGCUCUCCUAUCCAGAUCGUGGUCGGGGUGAUCUUCCUGUACCAGAUCCUCGGCUGGAGUGCAUUUGCCGGCUUAGUGGUGUUCCUCGCCAGCUGGCGGCUGAACAAGUUCUUCUCGCAAUGAGGCACGGCGAUCAGCCGCGCGCGGUCGCAGGCGGCGGACGAGCGCAUGGGCCUGGUCAGCGAGCUUGUCGUGUCGAUCGAAUUCGUGAAGUUCUUCGCGUGGGAGUCUAAAUGGACGGCAAAGUUGUUGGCAGCGAGAGAGGCAGAGCUCCAGUGGCAUGCUAAACUACGCCUGAACUCCAUCAUGUUCACCACUCUGUUUAUCUCCGUGCCCAUCUCUCUCAAAGCUUUUACGGUCUAUGCCUUCCGUGCUUCCUGCCCCAUUCGCUGACGGACACAGGCUAUCGCGUUGUUCGGCACAAUCAGACAGACGAUCAGCACCUUCCCCGGGUUCAUCGUAGAACUGAUCCAAGCUCGCGUGGGCUUGAACUGGAUUGCAAACUACCUGGGCGAAGAGCAAGUCUCUGACCAAGGUCCACCCGUUCUGGCCCGAAUACGAGUCGCUGAUUGUCUCCACGUGGUUUCCUCUCUCGAAAGGAAUGUUAUUGUCCCUUCAACCGGUGCGAGCGGGGACUGGGUCUGGUCCACGCUACUCUGCUCUGCAGCAGUGGAUCGACCAAUGCACAGCAGCGGUUCGCGCCUAUUAGUAGUAGCUAUCCCUGUGCUGAUAUGACAGCCCAUUGGAAACGCGGUCGGUGAACAAUUUUUAGUAAUAAAAAAUGUCAAAAAAU